AUGGACAUAGAGAGUAUGGGUGAAAACUGUAAUAAUACUGGUUGGCAACACUGGGCCGACAAGUCUGGCACGCCGCACGUGGGUCACACCGUAGGUGACCGGAUUGCGUGCAAAUUUAUGGUAACUGCAAUACUAUUCAUGACAAACUGGAGUGAAAGUUGGAGGAAGGAUGAGCAAGAGACACAGAAUAAUAAGAAGCUAAGGCAAUACAUGCGGUGUGCCAUAGUAAACAUGUUCGGGACCAUAUUAACAGAGUCAGCAUGCGGCGGGCACUGGGGUAUUUAUUAUGCAGGGUACUCGGUGCGUAAAAUGAUGGGGGAUGGAGGAAUACCGAUGUCAGCCAGUGCGACCGAAUGCGCGCGGGAACGCAUGCAGGAUAUAAGACGUGGGAAGUGGAGUAUGCAGCAGGCCGUGAAAGAAUGGUUACGCAAGAAUGUGAACCUGCAACAAAUGAUACAACGGACACAACUGCAACAGGAGUGUAAGAAGAAAAUACAGCAGGGCCCAAUGCAGCAAGGUGCAGUAGCUGCAACGGAGCAGAAGGCUACGACGGAGCCCUGGGUAUUAAGUGCACAGCAGACAUUGCAGAGAGCGUUGAAACGCGUUCUACAGAAGGUUGAAAGGGAAAUAUCCGUGAAAGGAGCACACGAUCCGGAUGAGCAGGAAUCCGAUGAACAGGACAUCCUACGUGACACGGACAACGCGGAUGAGCAGAACACGGAAAUUGAGGACGGACAAACGGCAGCAGAAGCACCAAAGGACACAACACCAGAAGCAGCACCCGAGGAGAAGACUUCUCAGGACCCCCAAGGCGGGAAGGAAGCCGGAAAGGGAAAAGCAGAACAAAAUCCAGGUAAGGAGGCCGAUGAUGAUCCCGUUAAUGUUAAACUUCCGGGUAGUUCCGGGAAGAUGAGUGUAACCGUGAUAGAUUCCUAUGACAGUGGAAAGCCCUCUGAUGAAAUUAUUAAGCAAUAUGAAGAGAAGGGGAACUUACCUUCGGGCGGGCCAGACCAAAAAGGUGAAUCUAAAAGAGUGCAUAAAAGUAGUGAUUCCUCGGAAAAAACACAGAGCACAGAAUCCAAGGAAACAACAUCGGGGAAGGAGCCAGUAGCAUCACCAGCAGGACCAACAACAACCACAACAAACACAACAACAGGACCAGAAACAAAAUCAACAGGAACAGGAGGGGACGGUAGAACGCCUGACCAGAAGGAUGCCGUGGUCGUUGAAGGCAACGAUGACCCCCCUCCUCUCAAUCCACCCAAACCAAAACCAGAAACCACGAACCCAGAUCAAUCGGGUAGUAGUGGCAGUUUCAGUCAUGCUGAUUUGGCGGAUGGAGUGUCUGGUGGGGAAGGAAAAGGAGGUGAGGGUGAUGAAAAGGAUGCUGGCGGCGGCGGCAGGUGUUGCAGUCGGUGUAUCUGA